ACGGGGAAUGCUGGUGCCCAGGAUGCAAGGUAACGGGAAUAGGUGUCUGGUGGUAAUGGUACUGGUAGGAAUGGUGGUGGUGCAGCCUAACGCCGCGCUUACCAAGAUAAGAGGGACGACCCUGCACGAAGAGGCAGGCCUGUGGAGACUUAACCAGGCUGACUCCUUCUGUUGGUGUCAGAAUCUAUGUUUGGUGAUGACAAACUGUACUGCUGUGUCUGUGCAGGUCGUGCUGGAUGAGAAAACAAGGAUAAUGAAAACAUCAAGCUCAGCCACCCGCUUCGAUUGUCUCUUUACAUCCCACGACACUCCACAGAAUCACCUGGUACCCUCCUCCAGCGGUGCCGUGAUCGUAAUGCUUUAUGAGGAGGCCUUAACAUCAACGACCGAGGGGACUACAACUACAACCCAGUACAAGGAGUUCACGACGGCACCACUAUAUAUUGAUUCAACAACAGCCAAGUCCGGUCAAACAGGAACAUUGCUGUGGACAUCACCACUAACAACCAACGUAACAUCAACAAAUGGGGCUACACAACCCUCAUCGAUACCUGGUGCAGCUACACAACUUUCAACAACACCACCACCGAUAAACAUAACAUUACCACCAGAUGAAAUAACAACACCAAUAAACAUAACAACAUUAUUAGUAAGCAUAUCAGCAAUAAACACAGACGCCACACCAUUCACAAACACAACAGACACAGCACCAACAACAAUUAAAACCACAUCACCACCAUUAACAACCGCAACAACAUCACUAUCAACAACCACAAUGCCAGCAACAACUGCAAUCACAACACCAGCAAAUGUACCACCAGCAACAACUACAACCACACCAGCAACAAUUAAAACACCAUCAACAACUGCUACACCAUUAGCAACCACAACGCCAACAACUACAACACCGACAAUACCAGUUUCCACAAUGCCAGCAACAACAACUACAACUUCAACACUAACAACCACAACACCAAUAACUACAGUGUCAACAACAACUACAACCACAGCAUCAACAACCACAACACCACCUACAACAUCAACAACACUCUCAACAACUACAACACCAUUAACACCCUCAACAUCACCAACUGCAACAACACUACCAUUAGCAACCACAACACCAACAACUACUACCACAACAUCAACAACAACCACAUCAUCAACAACCACAAUACCACCAACAACAGUUGUUGGUUCUAAUACAACACCAUGAACAACCGCAACACCACUAACUACAAAACCACAACCCCAACACUAAUAACAACCACAACAUCAUCUACAACCACAACGACACCAUUAACAGUCGCAACAUCAACAACAACAACAACACUACCAUUAACAACCAUAACACCCACAACAACUGCAACCACAACACCCAAAGCAAGAAUAAAGUAUAAUUGAGAUAAACAGAGAGGCAAAAUAAAUUGAUAUAGGCAUUAUUUGGCAAGCAGGCUCUUUGACAGAUAUAUUUCAUAUCACAUAUAUACAUAUCAUGUAUGUGACAUAUGUAUGUACUACCACCACAGUUAUACUAUUAACGACCACAACACAUUCAACAACUACCACCACAGCCAGUUUUGAUGAUGUGUUGGUUAAUUAAAAAAAAAGAGAGAGAGAGAGAGAGAGAGAGAGAGAGAGAGAGAAGGCGCCGCAACAUCUCGGUUAUAUGGCGGUCCACGGAGCCGACACACACCGAAUCCCUCUGUGAAAGACGAGCCAUCAAAGAAGUUUGCAUCAACGAUCCUUUUUCAAGCCCAGCUACUGCGAGAAAGUGACUUCCCAAGCCGCCGCAAAUUUGACGAGUGGUCUGUAUUACUUGAAGCCUAAUGUUAAUUAAUUUUAGUUGUUGGAGAUGAUGUGUACGCCCCCUAACUUGAGCACGUGUCAUGGAAUGAUAUUAGUACAUUGUGCAAUGUUGAAUCGUUUUGAGUUCAAGAUACAUACCUGGACUCAAGGAAGAAAAAUGAGGUUGUGAAUAUUAUAGCGAUUCAUAGAUUUGUGUUCCCUCAUGUACACCUUCAAGGGCAUAAAGGUGGAGAGAGCAACGCCCUUUACGUAGAAUCCUUAAACAGCAAACCCAAAGAGAAGACAGAAUAUGAAGAAUGAAAUAGAUGUUGUAGCACAUGUCUGUCCUUGGCUCCACCUCUUGUUUACACAACAAAAAAGUGAGAAAACGAAGAAAUAAAAGCCGACGCAAGACUACGAACCUAUUAAGCGUUUCAGAGUUUGAGGACACGUUUUUCUAGAAUAACUUUGUAAGGAACACGCAUAUCAUUAUGAAAUUUUGCCACAGUGUAUUUG